GAGUAAUGAUCCUCUUCUGAGAGCGAUAAGAAGCUGCUGUGGGUAUAAAAAGCGGUGCGUUCUGCAGAGAAUUCGUACUUAAAAUCAAUACCUUGCAAGAUGAAGUUGUUGGCUGUUCUUUUCGCCGUUUUGGCCGUUGUCCUGAUGACUGCCGUUCCAGUUUUCGGCAACUUGCCGCAGUGCCAACCAAGUACCACCGCCGACGCCGCUCAAGGCGGUAGCUACCCGAUCACAGAGCUGGGGUACCAGGGAAGACAAAGUCCCAGACGUAGGGGUUAAUCAAUCAUCAAUAUAAAAAAAAUCCACCUCAUGUGAAAAUAAACAGCGAGUUCUAAAAUCGUAA